ACCGCUGUAAGCCGAGCCCCUGUCAGCCCGGCAACGAACGACGUAAUGCCCUGAUUGCCCCUGGCACAUGGACGGUUGGCUAGGGGAAGCAUCGGCCUUAUUACCUGGUAACGAACGAAUGGCAUAAACCUAAGAACUUCCACUGCGGUCGCUUCCCUCUCUGCCUCUGCCUCGGUUCUCGAUCAGCCUAACCUACAUCAUGGCAAGUCCCACGAUAUCACGGGCGCUCGCGCGCGCCAUGCCUCGCCGGCAACUCGGCGUUAGCCAUGCAUCAAGACCAUCCUCAUUAGCAUCAACGUCGCACAGAGCAGCGCGGUCAGCAUUCGCCCUUCAACAACGACGCAACGCCUCAUCAUCAAAGCACCCGAAGGGCUUCGAACCGCCCUCGCCCAGCGACCUCGCCGAGCUGCGCGAGCGCGUGCACGAGUUCACCCGGCGCGAGCUGACCGAGGAGGUGGCCGCGGCGACGGACAAGAACAACAACUUCCCGCCGGACAUGUGGGGCAAGCUGGGCGAGGCGGGCUUCCUCGGCAUCACGGCGGACGAGGACGUGGGCGGCCUCGCGAUGGGCUACCAGGCGCACUGCGUGGUCAUGGAAGAGCUCUCGCGCGCGAGCGGGUCCAUCGCGCUCAGCUACGCGGCGCACUCGCAGCUGUGCGUCAACCAACUGCAGCUGAACGGCUCGCCGGAGCAGAAGCAGAAGUACCUCCCGGACCUGAUCUCCGGGCAAACGGUCGGCGCGCUGGCCAUGUCCGAGUCCGGGUCCGGGAGCGACGUGGUCAGCAUGCGCACGCGCGCGACCGAGGUCGACGGCGGCUACGUGCUGAACGGCUCCAAGAUGUGGAUCACCAACGGGCCGGACGCCGACGUCGUGGUGGUCUACGCCAAGACAGUACCCGACGGCGGGUCCAAGGGCAUCACGGCGUUCAUCGUGGAGACCAAGACGCCCGGCUUUGCCUGCCUGCGCAAGCUCGACAAGAUGGGCAUGCGCGGCAGCAACACGGGCGAGCUGGUGUUCGAGAAUGUGUUCGUCCCGCGGGAAAACGUGCUGGGGCAAAUCAACGGCGGCGUGCGCGUGCUGAUGGAGGGCCUCGACCUCGAGCGGCUCGUGCUCAGCGCAGGCCCGCUGGGCCUGAUGCAGGCCGCGCUGGACGUCGCGCUGCCGUACGCCCACUCGCGGAAGCAGUUUGGCACACCCAUUGGCCAGUUCCAGUUCGUACAGGGCAAGCUGGCCGAUAUGUACACCAAGCUGCAGGCGUCGAGGGCGUACACCUAUGCGACGGCACGGGCUGUGGACGAGCAAGGCCUGAUCAAGACGCAGGACUGCGCGGGGGCGAUCCUCUACGCUGCGGAGCGGGCCACCGAGUGCGCGCUGGAUUGUAUCCAAGUUCUGGGCGGGAUGGGCUACACAGAGGAGAUGCCGGCCUCGAGGAUCCUUCGCGAUGCCAAGUUGUAUGAGAUUGGGGCGGGCACAUCUGAGGUCAGGCGCAUGGUUAUUGGACGUGCAUUCAACAAGGAGUAUGCCCAUUUGUCGAGCUAGAGACAAGCUUAAUGACAAUCGGAACUUUGCUCUGCCGCUACAAACGGGUCGUCUCUGCCAAAGGCGAUUUAAGACUCCGGGAACUGCGGCCGGAAGCCGGCGAAAUCAUAUUACGCGGGCACCAUCCCCUUGCCGAGCAGAGCCUAUGCCACAUGCCGCGGUACCACGAGGCAUGCGCGGUGUACGCGGGGUGGGGGUCAUGGUAUGACCAAACUCAUA